AUGAGCAAUUUAACAGAUGACCUCUGGUUUGAGAUUUUCCUCCGCCUUCCGGUGAAGGAUCUACUUUCAUCCAAGUGUGUUUGCAAAUCCUGGCGGUCCAACAUUUCGAGCCGUCGUUUCGUCACAGAUCAUCUCCGUCGCUCAAUCUCAAGUGGGGAGGAUGAUGAAACUCUCGUCGUUCAUCAUUCAGUAAAUCUAGAACUACAAGGCUGGGGCCCUUUUUCACUCACCCACCUCACUUCUGGCGACGUUUUAGAACAACUCGACUGUCCUUACUCUGAAGGUUACUAUUCUUCUGGACCAACAUUAUGUAGAAUUUUGGGUUCUGAUUGUGGCAUUGUUUGUGCUCUUGUUAAGCGUGGAAGGAGAUAUGAUAUUUACCUUUGGAACCCGGCUACAAAACUCUCCAAACUCGUUCCCUCUCAAAUCGAAGGUAGCCUCUUUGAGGGGCAGAUUAUAGGCUUUGGUUUUGAUCAGAAAGAUUUUGAUUGUAAAGUUGUUGAAAUUGUAUCCUCCUCUACUUCGGUAUAUUCUUCAAACAGGAAUGCUUGGCGAAAGAUGUUUCCAAUUAAGCAAAUUCUGCCCAUUGAUGUUCCCUUUGCAGCGUUAGAAGUAUGCUUGCACGGAUUUUUGCUAACAACGGGACAUAAAGGUAUGAUGGCUUUUGAUCUGAACAAGGAGGUAUUUAUUUAUAAUAUUAAGCUCCCUGUAGAUCCUGAAGACACUUGCAUUGCUGAAUAUUAUGAUUCGAUUGCUGUUAUGAUGUGCGAACGAUCUGAAAAUAAGGUGAAAUUGUGGACAUUGGAUGAUGAAGCAUGCCUUAGAGGUGGUGGAGUAGAGGCAUCGUGGACUAUGAAGCUCAGUUUUGAUGUAGGUGAUCAGCAUUUUUAUCGUCCUCGGGGACUUUUCAACAGCGUUGAGUUCUUACUGGUUGAUUAUAACUACAACCGGUUUCUUUAUAACCCCUACAAGCAAGCGCCGACAAAUCUUCGCCCUACUACCUCCUGGGGGAUUUUCAACCAUACAAAGAGUCUUUUUCCAAUUGCAGGGUCCAAACCAGUCAAGUGGACUGCUUCACCUUGGAGGCAGCUACUUGAGUGGGACUACAAUGUGGAAAACAUCCAACUCACGUGA